UUCCAGAAUCUCAUGGAUACACCUAUAUGUUAACCUGCAUCGAUCGCUUCACACGAUGGCCUGAAGCAGUACCCAUCAAGGAUAUAUCUGCUGAAACUGUCGCACGCGUCUUUGUGGAGAGAUGGAUCGCAAACUUUGGAUGCCCAUCUUCCAUAACAACUGAUCGUGGGCGGCAAUUCGAAAGCGGUUUAUUCUUCGCUUUGACUAAAAUCCUUGGUUGCAUGCGUUUUCGAACGACAGCCUACCAUCCUCAAGCGAAUGGUAUGGUAGAACGUCUGCACAGACAGUUGAAAGCUGGUUUAUCAGCUGCAAAUAACACCCACUGGACUGAAUCCCUUCCGUUAGUUCUCCUAGGGAUACGAAACGCCUUAAAAACCGAUGCUGGUUGUACUACCUCUGAGCUAGUAUAUGGCACAACACUACGACUGCCAGGUGAGUUUGUUUCUCCCUCGAGCUUCCCACCAGUGGUAGAUCACUCCUCAUACGUCAGCAGGCUUACAAACGCUAUGCGUUCAGUUAAACCUGCUCCCCUCCGACCACAGUCCAUUGAUGUUUUUGUUCACCCUUGUUUAAAAACUUCUUCACACGUAUUUGUUCGUCGCGACUCGGUACGUCGUCCUCUAGAACCCCCAUAUGACGGACCAUAUAAAGUGAUUAAACGUACUGAUAAAUUCUUCGUUUUAGACAAAAAAGGCCGCGAAGACACCGUCAGUAUCGACCGUCUGAAACCGGCUUACUUGGAAGGUAAUCCUAUUAGCCUGGAGCUUAACGUACCCGAUAAUUCACAACACGGCGAAAGCCACUGAACCUUCGGUCGAU